AUCAAGAUGUUAUACAUUAUGCUAAUAGGAAACAUAAGCUAAUUGCAUACCUACCUUAAUGGGUGUACGACUGGUUCGUCGAACUGCAUUGAAUUGGUAGGCAACAUUGCAUAAGUAGAACGCAAGCUGACAUAACGAAGACUUCGUAAUCACCUCCAGUACGGCCUUGGCCCGCUUGGUACCGCCCCGACGCGCGACGCUGACACGCUCCCUUGUAAACAUUACUUAGCCAGACCACAGUGCUAGAGUCAACCGUGUGAACAAGAGUGCCUAUAUACAUAUUACACGAAGUUAUUCAUUUUAGAUUAUAGGAGAAUACAAAGCACUUCAUAUUUCAUGUGUAUAACCCAAAGACCACUGGUUUCUUGGAGGUGCAACAUUUUAGACUAUCGAUUGUGAUAAAGGAUCUGAAAUUCUCUAUUUUUACAGUAUGUAUUCAUAUUAAUGGAUAAUGAAUAGGUAGGUACCUACACAUACUUGGUAGGUACCGCGAAGGUGUUAUAUGUACAGUUGUUGACUAAAUUAUCAAUCAAUUUAGAAAAUUGAGCUGCCAAUAGUCUUUAACGAGAAUGGUGAUGUCCCAUCACAGCAUCGCGUUAGCUGCGCUCGUGAUCAUUGCAAUUAUUGCGCCUCACUUCACUGCACACCCACCGUCUGCUGACAAAGCAAUAGAUAAAGAUCGAUUAUAUAGACAAACAGCAGUAAAGUCAGGUAAAAAUGUAGCAAACACACCAAAGUGGGGAUUUUUUGGUACAAUAUUCCACUUAAUCUUAGAGCAAAUCAACGAUACGAAGAGUGCUUACAAUCAAAUAUCGGAUUUAGUAAAUAAUCAAUUUACUGACGACAAUACUAUAACCGUCUCACCGGAUACAGUUAAUGGAACUACGCAAGCACCGAAAAUUUCUCGCUCUGAAUUUCUGAAUAUACUAGAACGUAAUCUAAAAGGGUUGGUUCGUCUCAGAAAUCUGGAAUGGCGGGAAGCCAGAAAAGAUACAAUGACUAAUCUACGACAAUACAAAGAUGAGAUAUUUAGAGGGAAAACAAAUACAAAAGAAAAAAAAAGAGAAAACUAGAUUCGAUAUGAAGAGG